AUGGCCACACGGACAUCCUCACGCCAUGCUGCCCAAAAGGCUAAGCAAGCCAUUUCAACUUCCGCCGAGUCGACUGGCAAGACUACCAAAGGAACAAAGCGGAAAGGCUCAACCGAAGAAGCUCCACAGCCUAAAAAGGAGAAAACGAAGGACAUAAAGCCAGACGAAGAGAAAGCGGAGCAGGUACCGAGUACAUCGGCAGACAGUCCAGUGCCGAAGACAGAGGAAGCACCCGUCAAGGCAGAAGAACCAUCGAAGGAGCAACCUGUCGAAAUUCCUCCAGAGAAACCUCAAGAAAUUGAGGGAGGUCUUCAUAAGUCCGAGGAAAGAGAAAACGUGGUAUCCUCCAACAUCCUCGAAAAAGGCUUCAUCUACUUCUUCUUCCGCCCACGCGUCAAUAUAGAGGACCCCCAGAGUAUGGGCGACGUCGCGCGAAGCUUCUUUGUGCUCCGUCCAACCGUCCUUGGAGCGACUUUCGACGAAGGACAAGGCCCCGUCGACAAAGACGCCUCAUGUCGCUUGAUGAUGCUUCCAAAAAAGAAAUUUCCUACUUCACCCAAAGAACGAGAUAUGGGAUUUGUGGAGAAGGCUGGACAAUCUAUGCAAUCUCUCCACGAAAGUUUCAUCGCUGGUAAAACAUACCAGACUUCCACCCGAGGUGAGCGUCAUACCGAAAAAGCCAGACCUUACGCGGAAGGUGUCUACGCGAUCACCUCCACACAGCGGGCAUCCCAUCUCGCCUAUAUCCUGACCAUCCCUGCCGAGCUAGGUGAUGUGCAGGAGGACUUUGGCCUGCAACCGCGCGGGAGUUGGAUUGUUCAAUCGAAGAGUCCCAAGUUCGCCGGUCCACCAGUGGGUCAAUUACCAAAAGACCCAGAAUUCCCUCAAUCGGUACUCGACAAAUUCAAAGAUCUUCGAUGGGUGCCUCUGCAGCCCGAGUUCCUGGACUAUCCCAAUGCUCAAUUCCUCAUGAUCGGCGAGGCGCAGAAUGACCUUGGUAAGGCUGCGUUUGCUAUGGGUGAAAAACAGCCUUACGAGGAAGACCCUGGUCAGGAAUUGGAGAAAUUAUCAGACGAAAAUGAGCAUCGGGUUGAUGCUCUCAGAGGAGAUGAAACAGUCUAUGAAGACCUGGGCUACCACGCGAAGAAUUAUCCCAAAGUGCCCACAACUUGGAACAGUUAA